AUGAUAGUAGAACAGUUCGAAGGAAACAGGAGGUUCAAAAAGAAAAUUACGAUACUAGAUGCCAAAGCCGGGAAAUGCAACGGGCAAGGGUUUUUGUCGGGAACUUUGAAACGGGACAUCUCAGGAUUCCACCCUGGGCAUAUAGAUCAUCUCAAACGAGAAUACGAAGAGCUUGCCAAUAGUUCGGACAAUUUCAAACAUGGCCACUCAGAAAAUAGAUGCACCUUCGAACUGAAAUCUCUUUGUACUGAUUCAGCAGCAGUGCAACUAUAUCACCAGCUACAUCUCAAUAGAUGUGCUCAGAAAUAUGGUGCUGAAAGUCGACUCAUACAUUUUCUGUUACGAACAGGUUCAUUGUUUCACACAAGAUGUACAGUUUGUCACCAUGUUGAGGAAAACUACAAAGCUCCUAUUUGUCCUGCUCUGGAAGGAAGAGGUGCUCCUGACCCCAACACACCUGAGGCUUGUAUUCCAGCAGCAGAUCUUCCCAGGUGUGAGCAACCUGGUUGUGGAGGCUUGCUUCGACCUCAUGUUGUCUGGUUCGGUGAGCCUCUGUUUCAUGAUGUCCUUCAACAAGUUAAUCAAACACUUGAUGAAUGUGACCUGUGCUUACUGGUUGGCACCUCAUCUGUGGUGUACCCUGCUGCUGCGUUUGCUCCGAAGUUGGCUCUUAGGGGAGUCCCAGUGGCAGAAUUCAACUUAGAAGACACACCAGUCACUGGAAUGUUCCAAUACCAUUUUCAAGGCAAGGCAGGUGAUCUUCUGCCCAUAGCACUAGCCAUGAAUGAUCCACCUGCCGAUGUACUGGAGAUGGUAUGAAAGCAAGCUGCAAGCUAACUUGAAGACAACUCUGAUCAGUAGCUGAUGGUUCUCUACCCUGU